GCCUGUACAUGGAGAAAAGAAGAAUAUAAGGAAAUGCAAGGACCUCUCCUUGAUUAAGUGCUUAUAUAAUAUGAUAAGAAGAGAUGGAAAAAUACCAUUAGUAGGAGACUUCAACUGCAAAAGAGUAAACAGGAAAGAGAUGGAAGUACACUAUGCGCCAAUGAAUUGUUCGCCGUGACACCACAGGUGAUGGAAUGCACUUAGAAUGGAGAAAACAAAAGUACUAUAAUACUUACGAAGAAACUAGUAAUUGAUGGGCUUUCCCCUCCUUCUUAUACACUUUAGAAGCCAUGAAGGAAGAGAUUCAGCCAAGUUAUUGAGGGUUAUUUGAUUUAGAUUAUGCCAUUCCUCCCUGAUGGCCGUCCGCAGCUUUGUUAUGUCGGGAGAUAUCCCUCCUCUGCAUGCGCCUCUUCAUGAUGGACCAGAUGUUUUCAAUAGGGUUCAGAUCAGGGAAAUUGGGUGGCCAGUCCUCCAAAAAGUCAAUCUGGCAGUCCUGAAGCCAAGUCAGGACGGAUUUUGCCCUGUGACAUGGAGCUCCAUCCUGCAUGAACACAGUAGCGUUGCACAUUUCAAAAGACCCGGGCAAAAAAUCACAUAAAAGUUCCAAAUAAUUAUUCUGAUUCAUGUUUUCAUUUCGUGGCAAAAACACUAAAUUUCCUACACCAUGAUAACUGAAGCAGGCCCACACCAUUACUGAAUCAGGGUGCUUUUCAGUUUUAAAUAUAAAUUUUACUUCAGCAACCCACCGCCAUUGCUGGAGAGGCUACACAUGAGAUACGCAAAGAUCAAGGUACCGUCAGUGACGCUUUGUUCUCGGUACAGGCAAGACGUGUUUGUCUUGCAGCUGCGGUUUGCCAUUUUGGGAUUGGUUAUCCGUUAUCUGUUUUUCAGAGCGGGUUGGCACUUAUUUAAUACCUUACUUUAUUACCCCGUGAUCCCGUUGGAGCGGGAAGAAUGCCUGGUGUUCCUUUCCUCUUAUCCAUUUGGAGCGGGAGGACACGGUGUGGACCAAGUUAUCUCUCAGGAGCGGGACAUGUGACAGAAGUGUGCUGUUGUGUAGGUGUUUGGUACAUCAGUAUGUCUUCCUCGGGUGGUUCUACAUCUCCAAGAAGCGGUUCCUCACAUUCUCGUGGAAGCCGACUCUAUUCGUCCACUAGGCAUAAGACAAGGAAGAAUAUUCAAUGGUCUGGGGCCUCUGCUGGUGAGGAUGCUGUUGCAAGUGAUCGUGUGUCUAAGAUGGACGCCCAACCACCAGUUAGCCAGUCUGGAGAAGUUAGCAAUACUUCUUUAUCCAAGAUUUUGGAGGCUUUGGCUGUACUUCAAGAGGAUGUGAAUAAUAUGGGAGAGCGUGGUGUGUUUAACUUGAGACCCUCUUGCCCUAGGUAUGCUGAAACUUGGGAUGUGCAGCCAGUAUUGCAGAAGCUAAGGUUCAUGGGCCCAUUACCAGACAUGUCCUUGAAGUCUUUAACUUUGAAAUUAGUGAUGCUUAUGGCAUUGACUCAGGCUGUGAGAGUACAGACCUUACAUUUAUUAUUGUAUUCCAAUGCUAUUGUUGACAACAAUUCUGUAUCUCUUUUGUUAGGGGGCAACAUUAAGCAGUGCCAUCCUAAGUUUAAUGUUAGAAUGCUUAAGUUUCAUGCUUAUUUACCUGAUUCUAGAAUUUGUGUUGUGAAUACCUUGAAGGAAUAUCUUAACAGAACGGAGAAUCUGAGAAAGGAAUUUGGGAAGGAUAAUGGGAAACUCCUCAUCAGUUUGGUGAAGCCACAUAAAAGUGUUUCCAAAGAUACAGUGUCAAGGUGGAUUAAGACUGUCCUUGCCGACUGUGGUAUCAAUACUAAGAAAUUCACGGCUGGAAGUGUUCGACCAGCCUCUGCUUCCAAGGCCAAAGCCAUGGACGUCCCAGUUCCCAUUAUCUUAUCUAAGGCGGGUUGGACUCAGGAGACAACCUUUGCUAAACACUAUAAUAAGAUCACUCAGGUUUCAGAUUCUUUUCAAGAGGCCAUACUGGAUUCUGUAUUGUAACGUUAACAGGUUUCUCUAUUCAUUUACGUUGGAACUCAAUUGACUUAUUUUGUUUUUUAUACAUGUAGUAUAUGUUUUUUGUAAGGGCCAUAUCUGUGGAAGGAGGAGGAUUUUUUCAUACAAUGAAGUUUGGAUUCAUAUUUAGUUUGUUUAAUUAUCAAUCACUCACUUGAAGAAUGUUAAGUAUUGUGUAGUUCUGAGAGUACACCCACAUGGCUUCAAAAUCUCAUGUGUAGCCUCUCUAGCAAUGGCAGUGGGUUGCUGAAGUAAAAUUAUAGAAGUACAUGAGACUUACCAUAGGUUAGUUGAAAUGUGCUUCGGAUUUUGCGGAAGCAAGCCACCGCUGCUGGAGAGAGCUUUCACAUGCCCUCCACUCCCACUCUUCGGAAAGAUGGGCUUUUGAAUUUGGGGUUUAGCUUUCCGACGGGCAUUUUAGGGACCUUGUGGCAUGUGGGUGGCUCUCAGUUCUUUAAAGUCUGCCGGUACCUUGAUCUUUGCGUAUCUCAUGUGAAAGCUCUCUCCAGCAGCAGUGGCUUGCUUCGCAAAAUCCGAAGCACAUUUCAACUGACCUAUGGUAAGUCUCAUGUACUUCUAUAAUUUUGUGUCAAGUGGGUCACUCCCUGGUCGCCGGUACACAUGCUUGCCACGGUUGCAGGACACCAUGAAGACAGCUUCGUCGCUCCAUAACACUUGGUGCCAUUUUGCCAUAUCCCACUGGAGAUAUUUAGUGGCAAAUGCAAUCCUAAGCUCUUGUUGCCUAGGGGUGGUGAGUGGCUUCUUGAGAGCGCAGCGUCUGCGGAACUCAAGGUCAUCAUGCAGGCAGCGUUGUACCGUCCUCACAGACACUUGACCGAGCAGCUGAGGGUUUUGUUCUUUUAAUUCCCUCACUGUGAUUUGAGGACAAGCAUCCACCUGA